UGAGUUUCCCGUGGCCUUUUGGAGCUAAAAAGGUAUGUUUAUUACAAGAUAAUUUAUGCACGCACUAAACCUUUUUUUUUUUUUCGAACAAGGAACCUGUUGUACCCACCAUGGUACCUGCGACACCUUCACAACAAUCGUUUAAAGCAAUGAGUAAUGCCUUUCGAAAAGGUGUUCAAUAUAACAUGAAAAUUGUUUUACGUGGUGAUGUAAUGACGGGAAAAACCAACCUAUUUAAUCGCCUUCAAGGAUCCGAUUUCGAUGAAAACUAUAUAUCCACACCCCAAAUUCAGGUGGCCAAUAUCCCUUGGCACUACAAAGAUUCCAACGAUAUCGUAAAGAUUGAGGUCUGGGAUGUAGUGGAUAAGGCACACAACAAAACAAAGGCAACCGAAAAUAAGGGUAUAAAACUUGAACAUAAUUCGGCAGAAGCAGAGACACCAGUGACUAUACCCUCUCCAUCAUCACCCAAUACUGAAGAUAGCAGUUUGGGAUUAGAUGCAUCUACAGUAAAUGUUUACAGAAACUCUCAUGGCGCUAUCUUCUUAUUCGAUACAACAAAGCCCUGGACAUUUGAUUAUGUAAAUACGGAACUUGCUAAUGUACCAGAGACAAUUUCAGUGUUGGUUUUAGGAAACUUUUCUGACAAAGUGCAGGAACGCAAAGUCGAAUUAGAUACUAUUCAUGCAACUCUGUACGAGCAUAACCAAGAUCGUAUCAAAAAGGGAGCUAUCAAACCUAAUUUGAUACGUUAUGCUGAGACAAGUAUGCAGUCCGGAUUGGGAUUAAAGUAUAUUUAUGAGUAUCUUGGCGUACCCUUCUUGCAAUUAAUGAUUGAAUCCCUGAAUAAGCAACUCGAAUUAAAGGCCGUGGAAAUUGUUGAUUUAUUGGAAGUUUUAGAUAAAGAUGAUGAUGUACCAGAGGGUAUGCAAAGAAGAAGAGGUCAAGAUAACUUUGAUCAACCAUCUGAGCCUCGAUUAGCGAGACAGCAAGAGGAAUUGCAGUCUGCUUGGGACCAGGAGCUGGAGGAUAUUGCCUUAGAUCAUUCCACCAUGUUGAGCCAACCUAUAUCGUUUGAUAGAUCAGAAACCCCACCUCCACCUACACAGCCCGUUAAAUCCAAAAAGAAGAAGGAUGUCAGGCUUGUGUCUGAAGAAAUACCUGCAGUUGUUGAUCACUUUACUGUCGAAGAAGAAUUAGAGGACGAUUGGUUUGGUGAAGAAACAGCUUUACCAGCCAAUCUAUCACAUUAUAAACACAAUGAAUCGGAUGAUGAUGGGCCUGGAAAUCCAAUGGUAGCUGGUGAUGAAGAUGUUGAACCAGCCGUGGAAUUCUACAGCAAACAAAAUAAUGUCUUACAAAUUCAUCCCAAGGAUGAUGAUGAUGAGGAGUCGCAGCCAUACGAGGAUGCAGAGGAUAUCGAAGAAGAGGUCGCACCGGUGGUAGAGUCAUACCGCCCACCCAUAUUUAAGAGUGAAUUAGACGAUGUUUGGAGUCGUUCCUUGAGAAGGUUGUCUGGGCCUGAAAUCAUAUCCGACAGCGAGGAUGAGGAUAACCGCGUACUUACAACAGACAGUCCAUACUUAGAGUCACCCUCAUUUAAUUUUGGUGGCAGUGGAGAAGGUUAUGAAGAAAUCGGUGGGGCCAACGAUAACCCAUGGUCUACCGGUCAGAAAAAGGAGGAACAAGAGGUGCACGAGGUGCACCAAAGCUGGGAUGAGCCCAAAAAUGAUGAGAAUAUAACACAAGAAGAGGAACUACCGCCUAAAGGCGACGAUAAUGCACCUGUUGCACCAUCGAAAAAGAAAAAGUCCUCUUCAAAGAAAAAGAGCAGUAAAAAGAAGGCCUCUAAAUAAACACGUUUUCAUCACUUACUUAUAUUAUUGUUAUGGACUGUUAAAAAAUCACGAUAACAGUUGCGCGUUCACUGGGAAAUACUUAAUCUUGACAUUAGAGAUGAUUCAGCGUGUAUGAACAAUGGGAUGGAGCUGAACUCUCAGAGAAAGCUUUUAUUUUUUUUUUAAAAAAAAAACAACAAUU